AUGCUGUGUUUGAUUAUAUGUGUGUUUUCUUUUGUGUCUUUAGAGUGUAAAUGUGCACCUGUGGACCUGGCCUUCAUUGUGGACAGCUCAGAGAGUAUCGGUGCCACCAACUUUGCUCUUGCCAAAGACUUUAUCAUCGCAGUCAUUGACAGACUGGUCAAAGACCAGCAAGUCAAGUUUGCAGUGGACCAAUCCACCGUGAGCGUUGUCCAGUACAGUGGAUCACGAGCCCAAGAGAGCGUCAAACUCGUCAGCAACCUCACCGAGUUUAAACAGGCAGUGAGAGACUUGCGCUGGCUGGCUGAGGCCACGUACACAGGAGAGGCUCUUGAUUAUGCUCUGAACGAAACAAUCAUAGAAAUGAAGAAAGACAACAGAGUUGUCCUCGUUCUCACCGAUGGACGUUCUGAUAUCUCCAGGGACAAGACUCCCCUCAACAUACUCUGCGGUAAAAACCUCCAGGUGGGUGGUUUAGGUGUGAAGGACUACUCAGGCCGACAGCCCAACCAGGAGCAGCUGGAAGACGUGGUCUGUAAGAACGACCCCAAACCAGGUUUCUCCUUCGUCCUGGACAACUUUGCUGGGCUGCUGGAGGACACUUUCCUUCAGAACCUCACAAGCAGAAUCUGUCAAGAGAAGAGAUGCCCGGACUACAAAUGUUCCAUCUCUUUCGAAGAGGGUGCUGAUAUUUUGGUGAUGAUGGACAGCUCAGCCAGUGUCGGCCAGAAGAACUUCGAGACAAGCAAGAUGUUUGUCCAGCGCCUGGCCGAGCGUUUCCUAAACGCUGAGAAGAAGAGACGUGCCAUCGUCAGAGUUGGCGUGGCCCAGUACAGUCGCAGCGCCCGCAUGGAGCAGGAGCUGACCACCAACCUGACCCUGCUGACCCGUCAGAUCAACGAUGCAGCCUUCCAAAACGACGGCACCAACUUGCUGGAUGCCAUAAGAUUUGCCAUCAAUAAUUUACGCAGUCGUGGAGACGCAUCCGGAGGCAAGAAGAAGCUGGUGCUGUUCUCCGACGGCAGGUCUCAGAGCGUCAGCGAGCCCGAACUGCAGAGGCAAGUCCGUGCGGUGGUGGACGCCAACAUUCAGCUUUUCGUCAUCUCGGCCGGCAGCCAAGUCAAUGAAGCCAACCUGCGCACGCUGGUGAGCCGGGGGCGGCAGGACGACAUCAGCUACGCUCAGCGCCACCUGUUCCGGGUCCCAGAUUACUCCUCGUUGCUGCGCGGCGUCUUCUACCAAACCGUCUCCCGUAGGGUUUCCCUGCCCUGAACGCAGGGCCAAGAACCACACGCUUUAGAUUUUUAGUCCCAUUAUGAAUAUUCAGUCUCACUCAUUUACCAUACACUGUGUUCUAAAAAGCAAUGUCACAAUUGAAUGUCUAGCAGACAAAUGUAAAUAUUUUUCAUGAAAAGUCCAGAAAUUUUUUUACCCUGAGUUCAUCCUCCAAGGCACCAUCUCAGGCUGUGUACGACUCUAUAUCAAGAUGCUGACCUGAAGUUUAGCGCUUGCCUUUUCUGCCUUGGAGGUAAAGUUCGAGUAGAAAAGUCUCAAUCAGCUUGACUCACUUUGGUCCUGGAGAGCCAUCAGUUCUGAUCAUAUCACCAUAGCGUUUAUCUGCAUUAGGCUGAUUUCUACUCAGGUAUUCCCUGUAUCACUCUCAGCUUUACCACCAGUGAGGGCUCAUUGAGGCCGCACUUUCUCGUUUCUCCAGGACCGAAGUUCCUGCUGUUUGAAUGGUUCUGUUUAGAGUGUAAUGUGGACUCAUUUUUGCAGCUCUUACCGUUCUUUCAAGUGGUGUCGGAUGCAUUGUGUCAUAAUCUUAAUGUGAAGCACAGCUGUGAACUGAAAACAUAGACUUUAAUUGGUGAUUUCUUGCAGCACUUCAUUGACCCGCAGGGCUGGCUCUUUCUUAAUUGCUGUCUAAACUUUAUUUUAAGGUUUGCCCCCAUUAAAAUAUGUUGUGAAACUUAAUCUGAAAGGCAAUGACAUAGUCCUGACCUGCAGAUAAAUGGCACCCGACAUCACUUGAAAGCUCUAUUAGAUCACCAAAGCAGGAUGUGAUAUCAGGCAAACCUUCAAAGAAAACCAAUCAGUUUUUCAGCUGGUACUAAUAAGGACAUGACAGCUGGACUAAACAUGUGUGUUUCUGUGUGUGUCGGUGUGUGUGUGUGUGUGUGUGUGUGUAUGUGUGUGUGUGUGUGUGUACAUCGUUUACAUGUAUGUGUGUGGUUUUUUACGCGUAGCCUUGAGCUUCCAUAAACAGUUGUGUCGAGGUCACUGGUUCAAAUCCAGACUAACAGAAUGAGAGAACCCUGUUCUUUAUUGUCCGUGCAGCAGAGAAGCCUCAGUCGAACACACACACACACACACACACACACACACACACACACACACACACACACACACACACACACACACACA